AUGAAUCUCCUGGGCAUCACUGUGGUUCUGGUACUACUGGCGGGUGUAUGGGCUCAGGUCAGCGUGCUACGUCCUGAGUGCGACUCCCCUGAGGCAGAGGAGGCUGCUCUGGUGGCUCAGGAUUACCUCAAUGCCCAGCAUGCCCACGGCUACAAGUAUGCACUGAACAGGAUUGAGGACAUCAAGGUCUUUACUAAGCCUGAUGGAGACAACACGUAUGUCCUGGAAGUUGACCUGCUGGAGACAGACUGUCAUGUGUUGGACCCCACACCUAUUGCCAACUGCACAGUCAGACCCAAAGCACUGACAGCAGUAGAGGGAGACUGUGAUGUGGUGCUGAAGAAGGUCGGCGGAGCUCUGACUGUCACAGCAUUCAAGUGUAAAACAGAGGAGUCAACUGAGGACCUGUGCCUAGGCUGUCCUACCCUCCUUCCCCUAAACGACACCACAGCACUGGACUUUGUCCAUGCCUCUCUGGCAACCUUCAACAACAUGACUGUGGACGUAACAUACACGGUUCUGGAGGUUGGAAGGAUGUCAUCCCAGGUUGUGUCUGGCGGGCCAAUCUAUGUGGCAGAAUAUGUUGUAGUUGAGGCUAAUUGCACUGAUGAUGGCUGUGUGCCCCUGAAUGAUGCCAUGGCUGUACGUGGGAUUUGUUCUGCCAGAGGUUUGACUGCUGAUCACUCAGUGGACUGCAGGAUGUUUUCCACUCUGAUGCCUGUUGUAGAUGCCAACAGCACUGCAGCUGCAGCUCCUGUCGUGCCACCAGUGGUGCAUGUACAAACAAGCAGCCUGUCACACAAGCAUGGUCUGAGACACCACAAACUGACUGCUCACCAUGACCCCCACCUCAGUGGCCUUCUGUCUGCAGAAUCAGCAGAGUCAGCUGAAGUUGUACCUGUAGCCCCUGCAGUGGUUGAUGCUGCUGCAGCCGCUGCUGAUCCAGCUGCUGCUGCUGAUCCAGCUGCUGCUGCUGAUCCAGCCGCUGCUGCUGAUCCAGCCGCUGCUGCUGAUCCUGCUCCAGCCGCUGCUGCUGAUCCUGCUCCAGCCGCUGACAGUGUAUCAGCCUCAUUUGCCUCAGCCAGUGCUGAGGUGCCUGUUGCUGUGGUGAAGAGAGAUGUAGCUGCUGUACUCGCUCCUGAAGUGGUUGACACCCCUGCGAUUCAAACAGACCCUAUUGCUCUUGUGCCAGUGUGCCCAGGAAGGGUCAGAUUCUUCUAA